UAGUAUCUACUAGUAAACGUCACACCGCUGGAUGCAGGCCACGACCACGACCAGAUUAUUUCUCAAACUACAAGUUUUGAAUUUUACAUUUUAUCUCACUUGACGUGACCAGUGGUCACUGAUCACCCUUGUAGUUUCAAGCAUUUUCGAUAUUCCAAAAAGAAAUAAACAAGCACUUCAAGAAAUUACUAAUUAAUGCUGAUGAUGACAUCCAAGCCUUGCGAGUGGCCUUGGUGGACCGAGGAAUUGCGGAACACUUUGGAGGAGAUUCUGGGAGAACGGGAGGGCGACGACGUCACGGAGAAUGUUUUCGAAGAGGGGAGGAUUAGUGCUGACGGCAAGGAUAAGUUGGAGAGAGCUGUUCGGCUGGAGUGUACAAAUCCGAGCCUUCGUUUUGCAUAUAUUCGGGCAUUAGCGGACGAGUUGAACGGGUAUGAGGACAUAGUGGACAAGAGGUUUUUGGUAGUCUCAUUUGGAACAAAAAGAAUUUUGGGCAGCGUCCAACACCUAAGGGAUUAUAUUUAUGGCCAGUGCAUGAAAUUGUUCGACCUGGACCCAAUUUCUCUCGAGUAUAAUUUAGGGGUUGCACGUUUGUGCACUUUGACUCUUCCACCCUGGGCAAGGAAUCUGCAAUUUGCUAAACUAUGUUUGGAUCGUGCUGUGAUCUUUCACCACGAAUCAUCCAAAGCACUAAAGCGUAUGGCGUCUUAUCUGUUGAAUGUUGAAAAAGAUAUUGCUUCCGCUAGAUCGUAUUUUCAAAAAGCCAUCAGUUAUGAUCCGGAGGACUUUCAGACUGCAAUCUCAAUCUUGUACUCAUUGUUUGCUGAUAUUGGAACAUUCAAAGGACAAGUCAGCACCCUUUUGAAAGCAGAAUUCCAGAAACCUUUUUGGACAGAUAAGCAAAUAGCGGAACUCUAUUUUGUCCGUGGACUUUUUCAGUUCUUUUACAACGGAUAUGAAAAAGAUGUUGCUAUUUCUUGGACACUUGCAUUUUCCAAGAGUGAACAAGAGUUUCAAAGUUGCAUUGAGCGCUUCACGAGAACCAAAAUGAUUUAUCAAUUCAGCUGGAAACAUGACGAAGUUUUCACGUUCUCCAAUUUCUGUGAUGUUCUGAAGGAAGGCUUCGCAUUCCCAGAAGUUGACGCGAAAAAACUUAAAGCUAUUCGAUCAUUGAUCAAGAUUGUAGGACGAAAGGAAUUUAAAGAAAAAAAUGAAAAAGCAGCUCGAGCAGCCUCUUCUGACGUAAAGUCAUCUCAUUUCGGUAGAAAGGGUCCCGAGGUGCCCCCUACCAUUUUGGAUAAUAUUCUUGUGGGAUCUGAAGGUGACGUAACGGAAGCAUUCAAACUGUUUAGGAUUCCGGAAACAUCUCCAAAGUUUAUAAUGGAGGAUAAGUAUAGAAAAGCGUGCCGUGAGCUCCAAUGCAUUAAAAAGCAACCCCAGUGUGAUCACGAAGAAAUAGCGCACAAAACUUUUGAACUCAACUCGGCGUUUGCUACGUUGCAUCAUCAUUUCCAUCGAAAACGAGAUUCUGCUGCUGCUGCUACUACGGAAAUUCGAAAACCCAAGGAAGAAAUCAUGGUGGACGAACACUUGUAUGAAAUUGAUUAAUCCAAUGGGUUAAAGUUAAUAUUAAUAAGAAAAUAACGUAUGCACAUGUUAUCUCGGUCUUGUUAAGUAAUGUGAAGUGACAAUAAUUUAUGCUGCACACUAGAGUAACUUAUUUUACAGAAUGUAAAAAAAGUACUUGUUAAACAAUGGGUUUAUUAAUUAAAUGAAAAUAAAAUAGUAAAUAAUAUUUUGGAAUUUAAA